AUCCCACCAAUCGCUCAAGAUUCACUUCCAAGUUUUCGUCCCUUUAAAUACCUCCUUGGAGUUGAAGUGACUGAUCAAACUCAAUUGAGUGUAGCUUCCUUAGAAAUCUAGUAUCCCUUCCUCUUCACCUAUUACUAGUCCUUUCAAUAAAACAGAAACCUUAACUAAUCAUAUUCAACAUGCAGACCGCACUUCUUCAUGAGCUAGUUGGAACACCAAUCAUGUCAACAACAUAUGAUCAGGUUCAAAAGUCAUUUAACAGAUACUUACCUGAUCCUGCAACACAGGGGCAAUACCGAACCACAAGAUCAAAACAAGGGAGAGUAUUUUAUUCGAUUAAGAACAACACUGGAAGGAAGGAACAUAAUCUUUCACAAAGUGUCCAAGAACAUGUGAGAGUAGGGGCAAAUAUAUCUGAAACUAUUAAGAGGAAGUUGAGCUUAGGGGCUCUUAUUGUACAAGUUGGUGGAGUGGAGAAAGUCUUUAAUCAGAAUUUUAGUGUAAAAGAAGGGGAGAAGCUGUUGAAAGUUUCACAGUGCUAUCUUUCCACCACAUCAGGCCCUCUAGCAGGUCUUCUUUUUAUCUCCACUGAGAAGGUUGCCUUUUGCAGUGAGAGAUCAUUGAAAGUGUUUACUCAGAAGGGUCACAUGCGUAGGAUCCGCUAUAAGGUUUCCAUUCCUCUGAAGAAGAUCAAGUGUGUGAACCAAAGUCAAAAUGUUGAGAAGCCAAAACAGAAGUACAUAGAGAUAGUUACAGAGGACAAUUUUGAUUUCUGGCUUAUGGGUGUCAUAAAUUAUCAGAAAACCUUCAGGUAUCUUCAGCAAGCAGUUUCUCAAGCUUAGAUGAAUGGAAAAUCCACAGUUUGAGCAUAAAGAGCCAAGGCUUAAAGCUUCAUUUGGUCAGGACAUAAACAAAAACUAAGAUACAAAGAGAUGAUCAUAAACAAAAUACAUAAAGUGGCAGGGACAGGCAGAUAUAAUUGAAGAUAUUGGGCUUUGUCUCUGCUAAGAGAGACUUCACUUCCUUCUGUUAUCCAUCUUGCUGCAUAAAACAUCUCAUGGGACCUUGGUAAGUUUGCUCCCCAAUAUUGACCUCUGAUAAUGACUGGAUGUGGAUCAUAUCAGAAGACCAGCAGAGUUGGCUGCCAGCAUAUUGCAGAAAAAUGGUGUGAAUGCAAUAAUUCAUCAUUUGGUGCCUGUUUCGUUGCAGAAUUCAAGCCAUAUUUAUUCAUUAAUUGGCUUGCAAUUCUAAGGACCAGACCACUUUUGCAGAAGGUAUAACCCAAUCUAUGAUCCAUCAAGGGACAGGCCUAUUUUACAGCUCUGUAAAUAAAGAUUAUGGUCAUGCGUAGAAGAAAUUAUUGAAGGAAAACAAAAUAGUGAAUGAGAGGAUUCAACAAUCACGGGAUCCCAAGAGCAAGGAAUUCCAAUGUUACAUAUUGGUGUAUAUAUUUUCUUUAAGCCUUGUUGUUUCAGGCUCCAUUACUUGUGGAUUCAUUAUGUAAAAGUUUUAAGGAAUCAGAAAUUUUACUUCAGAUUUUAUCCAUACCAUCCAACUCUUUGACAAAAAUUGUGUCUAAUUAAUUAAUAUGAUUCUGUUUUAAUCAA